AUGGCGUCCUGGCUCAAGGUCGCCGAAGACUUGCUCGAAGUCGUCGACCGGAGGGCCAAGAUCGUGGCAACAGAACUGUCGGAUGAACAGUCUACCUCUCAGCCUUCAGGACCAAACAACCAAGAAGUGCAAGCAAAGAAGGGAAAGCCGAGGGAGAAGGGUCCAUUGAAGCUCACUAAUGCCGGUGGUGGUAACAAGACAUCUGCUCAGAAGGAAAGGAGGAGUAGGCAACCGCCGCGAGAGCGGAUGAAGAUUGAGAAGAUCAGGCCUUCGCCGCCAGCAGAUUCAUCAAGUGUUGAUACCAGUGCUAGUGAACCAGAAGUCGCUCCGAUCGAUGUUAAGGAAGUGGAUAAUGAGGGUACGUUGGAGAAAGGGGAGAAAGCUACUGAUGAUCUUAAGACUGAUGAGUCUGGGACGGUUGUUGAUGCCACCGUUGAAGUUCAACUGAUGGAGAAAAACUCUGACAAUGCAGCUCCCACUGUGGAUGGUGUUACACAUUCCAAUUCAGAGGUUGCUGUUGAAAGCUAUUCUUCAGUUCCAGAUGAAAAAAGUGAGUUGAGCAGUACUAACCAGACUGCUGAGAUUGGUCCAGUGAUUAAUUUGGAGGAGAGAGACUCUGCUGUGGCUAUUAUCCAGGACAGAAAUGUGUCUGAAUUGCCAAAUACAGAGGUUGCUGGCAAACUGCAAGAAUCAAAGAAAGAGAAUGUUUCAGAUUCACCAGAAAGCAUAGAAGAUCGACAUGAACAGAAAUCAGAUUCAGUUUCUGUGAAAGAACAAGACCAACUUGAUGAGGCUCAGGGAUUGUUAAAAAGUGCUGUCAAGACUGGCCAAUCAAAAGAAGCUAGGUUAGCUCGGGUUUGUGCUGGACUUUCGUCCCGCCUCCAAGAGUAUAAGUCUGAAAAUGCACAGCUGGAGGAACUUCUUGUUCAAGAGAGAGAGAAAUCUACCUCGUACGAGACUCAUAUAAAGCAACUACAGCAAGAACUAUCAAUGUCCAGAGUAGAAGGUUCAAGAGCCGAAUCAAAUAUGGUUGAUGCUUUGACUGCAAAAAAUGCAGAGAUUGAAUCUCUUGUUAAAUCAUUGGACUCUUGGAAGAAAAGAGCAGCAGCUUCAGAAGAUAAGCUUGCUUCUUUAGAGGAAGAUAUGGAUGGUCUCAAGAGGAACCGUGAACUUACUGAAACCAGGGUUAUCCAGGCUUUACGGGAGGAACUUGCUACCGCAGAGCGUAGGGCUGAAGAAGAGCGCAUUUCUCAUAAUGCCACAAAGAUGGCAGCUGUUGAGAGAGAAGUAGAACUAGAACAUCGGGCUGUUGAGGCAUCAAAUGCUCUAGCUAGAAUCCAGAGAGCUGCUGAUCAAAGCUCAUCAAGAGCGCUGGAAUUGGAGCACAAGGUGGCUGUGCUUGAGGUUGAAUGUGCUUCAUUGCAACAAGAACUACAGGAGAUGGAGGCUCGUAAUCGCCGCACACAGAAAAAGCCUUCCGAAGAAGCUAAUCAAGUUCUUCAGAUGCAGGCUUGGCAGGAAGAAGUUGAGCGUGCACGCCAAAGCCAACGAGAGGCAGAGGCAAAGAUAUCGUCCUUGGAGGCUGAGUUACAGAAAAUGAGAGUUGAAAUGGCUGGAAUGAGAAGAGAUGCAGAACAUUAUUCUAGACAGGAGCAUGUUGAGCUUGAGAAGAGAUACCGUGAGCUAACUGACUUGCUGUACCACAAGCAAACACAAUUGGAAUCCAUGGCCAGCGAAAAGGCCGCAUUGGAGUUCCAACUGGAGAAAUCAUUGAAACAAUUUCAUGAAGUGCAGAUCGAAGCAGAAAGGAGUAAAGCUACUCGCAGAUCAGCAUCUUCGUGGGAAGAAGAUUCUGAUAUCAAGGCAUUAGAGCCUCUUCCUCUACAUCACCGACACAUGGCAACAGCAAAUCAGCAGUUACAAAAGGCUGCGAAGCUUUUAGAUACAGGAGCUGUGCGUGCAACAAGAUUUUUGUGGCGACAUCCCGUUGCACGAGUCAGCCUGCUAUUCUAUCUGGUGUUCGUGCAUUUGUUCUUGAUGCACUUGUUACACCGCCUUCAGGACUUUGCAUCCAGAGAAGGAUCAGCCAUGGGGGAUCUGGCCAGCGCAAACCUGCCAUAG